AUGCCACUCCAACUCCUUGUCUCGCCAGAAAUAAUCGAUCAAAUAUGCGAUCACCUCGCGUCUGAUGACCCACUCAGUGUCUACAACUUCGCUCUAGUGAACAAGCAAUGCUUAGCCUUCGCCAAUAGGCAUCGUUUCCGGCAACUCAAUUUCACCGUCAUGAGCCGCGAAAGACUGGAUAGAGAUAUCCAACGAUGGAACGAGAUUCUCAGCAAUUCAUCUGCAUUUUUAUCUGUCCGCUCGGUGACAGUUCGGGGCACAUCAGUUUCUUUCAGUGAGCACAACAAACAUCACGUACCGGAAACUUGGACUAUCCCUCAAGAGGAAAAUGUAGAUGAUCUGAGCUGUCUGGGUACUUACUACCGUCGCGAUAUUGACGAUCUCUUUGAACAUUGUUCCAACCGUCAGGAUGCUAUCUGGGGUUCCCUUCAAUCCCUCCUGGCCCGACUGUUGCACCUCCGAGAUAUAACCUGA